AUAUUGGAGCCAGGAAACUAAAAUCAACAAAUAAUUGCUACCAAUGAAGCUUUCAGUUGCUUUCUUCCUCCUCCUUUCUCUUCUCCUGUUUGCAGAGGGAGGGUAUGGAAGGAAGGAUCAAGGGGAGUAUUGGAAGAAAAUAAUGAAAGAGGAAGAAAUUCCAGAGGUUCUAAAGGAGCUGUUAUAUGAUGAUUCAGUGGGCGGCCAAAACGAGCGUUUUAUGAGCAAUUUUGACCCUCAUCCCAACGCUAUAAUAUACCACUCCCACUCCCAUGGCGCCGCCGCCGGCCAUGAGCAUUCUGAUGAGAAGAUCAAAGCCGCCGCCGGCGACUCUGCAGCGCCGUGAAUAUCAUCAACCGCCGCCGCCGCCACCACCACCGCAAGAUUAAGCCUUAAGAUACAUAUUUAUAUAGUUAAUUAAUUAAGCACUCUCUCUCCAAGGUUUUUCAUGUUUAAUUAUUGUAUAAAUUAAUUAAUACGUCUCUUAGUGUGUUCUAAUUUGUCUCUAUGUUUUUAUUGGGGUUGGAGAUUUUCAUGAACUGAUAUGGGUUUUUCCCGAAAGGAAUAUUUGAUAUGGGUUUCUUUUUCUCUCAA